AUGUCUAGCACAAAAGUUCCUGGCACCUUGCAUCUUUUUAAGGAAAAAAGAGUAGCUUUUGAAUUUGACCCGAUUGGUAAAUCGAAAGCCUUGAUAUUCGUUGGUGGACUUACCGAUGGAUUGUUGACUGUUCCUUAUUUGCAAGGGUUAGCCAAGGCAUUGGAUCCAUUGGGCUACUCUUUGGUCCAAAUUCAGAUAACCAGUAGUUAUAUCGGGUUUGGAACUGGUUCUUUGAAACGUGAUGACGAAGAGAUUGACUCGUUGGUAGAUUAUUUGAAGAAGGAUGGGAGAGAAAUGGUGCUGUUGAUGGGUCAUUCCACUGGAUCUCAAAACACGAUCCACUAUUUGUUGCAUCAUCCGGGCAAGAUUUCCGGUGGGAUAUUGCAGGCAGCCGUUUCUGAUAGAGAAUUUGGUAGCACUGUGAUUCCUCAACCGUUGUUAUCAAAAUUGAAUGCAGAAGCUAAAGCUUUGGUUGAUGCAGGGAAACCAGAGGAAUUAUUGUCUUCGAAGCACGCUGAGUGUAUGUUAGAUACGCCGAUAACUGCUUAUAGAUGGUGUUCGUUGUUGUUGCCCGAUGGUGACGAUGACUUCUUUUCAUCAGAUCUCUCUGAUGAAAAAUUGGAAAUCACAUUUGGUUACAUCAAAGACCCAUUCCUUAUUGCAUUGUCCGAGAAGGAUGAAUGCUAUCCAAAUAAUGGGAAACCGCUUGAACUAUUGCAAAGAUGGCAAUGUUUCGUGGAUAAGAAGUUAUGGUCGAAGAAUUCCGGUCUUAUCAAGGGUGCAACUCAUGCCGUUCCGGAAGAAGAUUCACAAAAGGAGUUAUUCAAAAUGGUCACCGGUUUCAUUAAGGAAAAUGGAUUUUGA